AUGCACGUCGAGUUGAAGAAUCAAAGGCAGCUCAAUACUUUGGUUAAGGUCUUAGAGGAGUCAAAGUUUAGGUUUUUGUGUCCUAAAUGCCUCCGAGGUUUUUCCACUUCAACACUUCUAUACCGGCACUUCCGACAGAAGAUGGAUCUUAUCCAUCAAGGGCUUGAUUCGAGCAGACACGAUUUCGAUUUGUUCAUAUACUGCUACCAGGCUUGCAUGGGACCUUCGAUAACCGCUACUAACAUACCAAGCGUGCCAAGAUGCUUUGAAAUCUCUUACAUCAUUCAACAUCAUGGUGAAGGGACAGAAAGCCUGGACAGCCAGAACUCUGAUCAUGUCCAAGCAUACAUACCCAAAUCUUAUACGGUCCUCCGCAACUUUGUUGUCCCGGUCUACUAUGAUGUCCAACCACGUGGCUACAAUCAGAAAAAUGCGACGAUACUUUCUCAAAGGCGAGUCCGACACCUGCAAAAACUCCACGACGAAGACGUGGAAGCUAGAAUUCGUGCACUUCUACCCGAAGUGGAGAAUUGGCUAAGUGGAACACUGCGUCUCCCGAAGGAUAUAUCCCAUGACCCUGGUAAUAUUACCCCAUCAGUGGAUGUUGAUAGGCAAUUGGUCCCGGUUCGAGACCUGCUAUACAGAGGGUACGGGUCGUUCGCCCUUAUACGCACAUCUCGAGACGUUCUAUCCCCUCAAAACAUAUCCAAGGCUGUCUAUACUGUGCUAAAGGUGGACGGACCAGGCUUUAUUGGCACCCAAAAAGUGGCUGUAGGCGAGUCAAUCUUGGUCAAAAACCAGGUCAUUUUAACUGCUGGCCUGAUCCUCCUCAUCAGUGUCUCCCCAGCAGUGGUAGUUGGAGGAGGAAUGACUUAG